AUGAAAAAACUAUUUCUAGAUAAGUAUUUUCCUGCUUCUAAGGAAGCCUCUGUCCGCAAGGAGAUUAGUAGCAUCUUACAAAUUACGGGGGAGUCUCUUUAUGAAUAUUGGGAGAGAUACAAAAGAUUGCUGGCAAGCUUCCCACAUCACAACAUAUCACCAACGCUCAUAAUUCAGUACUUCUAUGAAGGAUUGCUUCUAGAUCAACGAAAUUUGAUUGAUGCAGCUGCUGGUGGUUCACUUACUAAGAAGACGAUUUCACAUGCAACAAGUUUGAUUGAAAGCAUGGCUUCUAAUGCACAAAAUUUUUAUACAAGGCAUGAUUCAAAUGUCAGGAGAGUGAGCGAGAUUGGAGAUUCAAAUACAGAGCAUCGAUUGAGUACUAUUGAAAAGGCAAUUCAUCGUAUAACCUCUGUAGUUGCUCCACCAUACAAAGAGGAUGCCGAGGUAAAUUAUAUAUUUCCUAAUCAGAGGCCAAGUUAUGCUAACAAACAAGCAGCAACUCCUAAUCCAUAUGUGAGACAAGGUGAUUUUCAACAACAACAACCUCAGAAUGAGGAAUCCAAGUUUGAAGCACUCAUCUCCAUAAUCCAACAGGGUCAACUAGAAACCAAUCAAUUCAUACAGAAAGCCGAACAAAAUCAGCUAAAAACUGAUAAUGCUAUUAGAGAUUUACAUACUCAGAUGGGACAAUUGGAUACAAACGUGAAUCAAUUGAAGGUAAACGCGUCUAAAACACUCAUAUCUCAACCGUUCGUGAACCAAAGAGAACACGUCAAUGCAGUAACCUUAAGAAGUGGAAGGAAAGUAGCAGGUUCUAAUCUGGAUAGGGGGAAGUACGCAUACCUAGUGAUGAUAUUGAUAAGGAAGUAG